AUGUAUAGCUUGCAAAAUAAGAGAUAUGCCCGUAUGAUAGCCGGUGCUGGCCUAGGGUUUUUCAUCAUUUGCCUUCUCAUCACCAUGAGAAGUUCAUCUAGCCACCUGGUGCAACAUUUCCAUGACAAAGGGAAUGUGGCUAUGGUGGAAUAUCCUCAAGAUGACGAUUCAUUGGAUAAUCUUUCGGAUGAAGGCCAUAACCAGGGGGUAGUUGCAGACUCUCAAAAGGCCCAAGAUCUGCAGAAAGCCGCCAAUGAUAUAUCUGCCCCUGGAGGAAAAAAUGAUGACAUGGAAAUCAAAAAGGGGAAAGGUGAUAAGAAUACUGGUACAAAGUCCUCUGGUUCAUUUGCAUUCUCCGAUGAGCUUAUCAAGGAAGAAUUCAAGGAUAUGAAUAUGAAGACAUUUUCUGAUCCAAUGCAUUUGGUAGAAGGAGUUGACAAAGAUGGUGAACUCUCACAAGAUGAAUAUUGCCCCAAGCUUGCCUUCACCGAUAAGGUUGGUGUUUCUAGACAACGUAUGUUGGACGUUCCCUUUGAGAGGAUCAGAGCUGCCAUCAAGAAAAUCCCAGAAUUUGAGAAUUUGGUUCAAAAGGCCUACAAGAAGUUCAAUUCGAAAUUCCCAGAAGAAUCUCAAUGGCUUAGAUUUGGUGGAUCUUCUGUAUGGUUGGAUGAAUUCCAAGUUCAUUAUAUGGUCAGUAGAGUCUUAUUUCUGCAUAAUGGUGUUCCUAACAAGGGUUAUGUCAGUUUCUUUUACAUACAAUUAUUUGACCAGAACUGGAAAGAACUCCCACCUACCAAACUUGAAGUUCCAUAAGAGAAAAAGACUUUGGUUAAGGUAAUUCAACCAGAUGGAUCCGUACUUGAAGAUGUUCUUGAUUCUGUAGUUGGUCGUAGACAGGUCGAGUACCCAUCUAUUCUUCCAAUUCCAUUUGAUUCGGAGCUUCAAUCCGCCGAUGACCAUUACUAUGGACCAGAAGAUCCUCGUAUUGUUCUUAGAACAAACUCCAUGGGAUUUGAAGAACCUUUGAUUGUUUUCAAUAUGAAGAGCAACAAGCUUGUACAACGUGUAAUGCACAUUUACUUACCAUUCUCCACUCACCUUCGUGUUUUGACUAAGCGUAACACUCCAUUCACUCAAGUCGAAAAGAAUUGGACUCCAUUUAUUUCUGGUAGAUCCAAUGAAGCUAUCGAUUUUGUUUAUUCACUUGACCCAUUGGAAGUUAUGUCUUGUAAUAUUGAAUCUGGUAUUUGUGAUUGGCAUCAAAAACCUUCCGGUGGACGUGUAGGACAACUUCGUGGUGGUACUCAACUUGUUGAAUUACUCCUGUCUAAACAUUUCCCAGAAUUGGCCCUUCCUGAACAUAGAAAGGUUUAUAUUGGAAUGGCUAGAGCACAUUUGAAUGGUUGCGGAUGUGGAGAAUCCAUGUAUAGACCAAACUUCAUGAUUCUCAUCGAUGAUUACAACCCGGGUAAGGAUAAGCAUUAUUUCAAGGUCAGUCAUGUUUCUGAAUAUAUUGAUUUCUUUGCGGAAGUUGGUCCAUGGGUAAUUCCAGAAUUAGAUGGUGACGGUAAAUUGAAACCUAUCAACAAGGGGGUUUGUGUUGGUCGUAAUGUCCUCAUUCCAAAUUCUAUCGCUUACUGGGGAAUUGAAUCCGUUGAAAAGGACGGUAAGGUGUACAAGGCAAAUGAAUUUGACCUGGUUCCACAAAAUGAUUCACCUGUAAAAUUCAAUGAUUAUAUGGCGAUUACUCUUUCAUCAGCUGAUAGAGAUGUUAGUGUUGUCCAUGUUCGUGGUCUUCUUUCAUAUAUUAUGAAACUCCCACUGAUCUUUGAUUCAGAAAGCCAGGUAUACACUGACGCCAAGUUCCAACCAAGGGGAUUUGAUCUUAACAUUAAAUGUGCUAUGAGUGCAUCAGAUAAAUAUUGUAAGAAUUUUGGUAAUGUAUUAAGAGAAAAGGAAAAGGCCGAGAAGGAAAAGGCUGAGAAGGAAAAGGCUGAGAAGAAAAAUUAG